AUUUCAUUACUUUUCAAUCCAUUUUCAAGCUAUUUUAGAAUCAGUUAUGUUUAGCCAAAAUGUUCAUAACUUUGUAAAUUGUGUAUGGGGUUCUCUAGGCUUUCAUACUGCCGCCGGCUUCACAUGUGGGUUUAUAAAAUAUAAUUUAAUACUAUGGAAUAUCUUUAUUUUUAUUUAAUUAGUUUUUACUGAAGUUUCGCUUUUAGAUCUUUCGCUCAAAGUUUGACACUACUCUACGGAUUCUCAUACUUUUACUAAGCAGAAAAAGUAAAUUUUGUCUCUUGGUUACUUUCGAAGCUAGAACAACCUGAAGAGUAGAAGAUGGCUACCAAAGUUACAAAGAAACACAUUUUAAACUGUCAAUUUUCUAAUUGGUAUUCGUUAUUUCGUACUUUGUCGCCAAAAGCAAGAGUCAUAAAGCCAAUUCCUGCGUCUAUACUAAGAUACCUUAAUGAAGAUGGUAUUUAUAUAAAAGACGUUUCUAAUACAAUUGAAGAUUUAACAGAUGAAGAGGAUGGGAACGGGGAAGAACAAGAAGACAUACAUGUUUCUUCUUACUAUCCAGACAAACCGACCAUUCAACUCAUAGACAGGAUCAUUUCGGAGCUCGAUGGAGCCGUGGUGCCCAAAUUAAAUUGGUCAAGUCCCAAAGACGCUUUAUGGAUGAUGCCCACGGGUACCAUGAAAUGCACCUCAGCUGAAGACGUUCUUUUGUUACUAAAAUCAUCGGACUUUAUAGCUCAUGACCUUGAUUAUGCCUUUGAUGAUUGUAUAGAAGAAGAUGCUCAAGAAGCAGAUCUUACGAAUCAAAAGUUUCCAUCUGAAUUUAGUCACGAGCUAAUUUUAAAAGAAUGGUUUCCCAUUCAUUCUUCAACGGAGUUCCGUUGCUUUAUAAAAGGAAAAAAUCUUGUUGCUAUAUGUCAAAGAGACGACAAUUAUUACGAUUUCUUAGAGGAUGACAUGAAGGAAUUCCUGCCUCUUUUGCAGGAUUUGGCAUCCAAACUUUCAGAGUUUCCUGAUCCCAAUUUUGUUUUUGACGCUUACGUUCAAAAAAAUCGCGCUUGGCUAAUUGAUAUUAAUCCAUUCUGUGCAAGAACAGACGGGUUGCUCUUUGCCUGGACAGAGUUAUACGCAAUGGACUCUGAAGCAGAAGGUCCAGAGAUUCGAUUAAUUCCUAAGGGUAGCAUGCCUUCUUCUGGAAGUGCCAACUUUUACACCAAUCGUGUUCCAUUCGAUUUAAUCGCUGCCAGUCAAGGAGAAAAUAUACUAGAAUUUGCAGAAAAGAUGCAAAGCCUGGCUUCAGAAAGUGCUAGAGAUGAAGCAUAAGCAAAAUAAAAAUAGGAUAUAUAUCCAAGGGAAUCGGGUUGUUUACAAUUAAUCUCAUAACAGUUAUCUGUUUUUUCUAUUUAUGAUAAAUCUAAGUUAGUCU